AUGUCUUCAUCGGGGUUGACGCGGCGUCGCGGCGCAGGCGGCGCGGGUGGUGCUGCUACCACUGAGGGCGAGAGCAGCAACGGCGUCUCGAGAACCAAUUCGACCCGAGAUGUUCGAGACAACGGCCCAGAGACGAGCUACGAGAGCGGCGAGAACGGCCACAAGAUUGCGUUCGACCCUCGAGACAUUAGCGAGUCUGCUGAGCGGAGCAAGCAGCCCAAGCUGACCAUGAUGGAGGAGGUGCUGCUGCUUGGCCUCAAGGACAAACAAGGGUACCUCUCGUUCUGGAACGACAACAUCUCUUACGCGCUCCGUGGAUGCAUUGUGCUCGAACUGGCCUUCCGCGGGCGCAUUGCCAUGGAGAAGGACCCGGCGCGGCGACGAUUUCCCCUUGCCGAUCGAAAUAUCGAAGUGAUUGAUGAUACCCUCACCGGCGAGGUGCUGCUCGACGAGGCUCUUAAGAUGAUGAAGCAGAGCGAAAAAAUGAGCGUGAGCUCCUGGAUUGACUUGAUGAGCGGCGAAACUUGGAACUUGAUGAAGAUAGGAUACCAGCUCAAGCAGGUUCGUGAGCGAUUAGCCAAGGGCCUGGUCGACAAGGGCAUCCUACGGACGGAGAAGCGUAACUUCCUUCUCUUCGACAUGGCCACCCACCCCGUCGCCGACGGCGGAGCCAAGGAAGAGAUUCGCCGCCGCGUGCGCAACGUCCUCACUCAACGCACCGUCGUCCUCAACGGCAGCCAGUUCCUCCCCGAGAACCUCGAAUUCCGCUACCUGCGCACCGUGACCAUGGUGUGCGCCGCCUACGCCGCCAAUGUCUUGGAGAAUGCGCUGUCUACGCUGGGCCACGAGGCCAGAGAGCGAGCGUUUGCUCAGACAGACGAGCUGCUGGCGGAUUACAGCCAGUACCCCUUUGGCAAAAAGGCCACGGGCAAUGGCAUUGGAGCUAACCUGCCUCAGGUUAUCGCCGAGGAGGUGACCAAGGCAAAGGAUAAAGAAUUGCAGCUCGAAAUCGUCGCAGCCUGCCUGAGCGUCUUCACCCGACUCGACUCCCUUCUAUAA